AUGCCCAUGAACAAUUUUAAUGUAUUAUUUUGGAUGUCUUAUAUUUAUUCAUUACAAAGGAUAACAUUAGUUCCAGAAAUACAUAAAAUGUAUGAAAUUGACUUGAAGAGUAUCUCUCCAGCAGAAUACGCUUUUUAUAUGAAAAAAUAUUUCCUAUUUAAUGAUAAUAUUCCAAUUAUAACUGAAGUCAGAUCACCACAAUCUAAUAUUCAAGGAUUUGUUUGUAUUCAUUCUAGUGGGGGGACUAAAAAAUACAUUAAAAACUUAUAUUGCUUUGCAAAAGAUUUUACAAACAUUGAUCAGAUAUUUCACCAACUUUAUUUUACUAAAGCCUUAGGACAACAGAAUAUUCUUAACAUACAAAUUCCUCAAAUGUUGUUUAAUAAUGCUCUAGAGUCUCAGUAUAGUAUUAAAGUCAAAAAAAUUUCCAAAAAUAUUAGCGAAAUAGAAGUGAAAUUGCAAAAUGGUUUUAUAAAAUUUUUAUUGUUAAAUAAGCUUGAUAUAAUUUUGUUAUCUUGUCAACUUCUUGAAGAAUUAACAAACAGACCUGGAUCAAGAAUUAUGCAUUCUCUAGAAAAUAAAGAUUACAUUUUAGCAUUUUUUGAUAGAGAUUAUGGUAAGCUUAUUGGUUUUCUAAAUGAAUUUAUUCUGUUAUUACAAGAAGAU